GAAUACUGCCCCGCCCUGCCCCUGAUUGCACAGGCGCCAACUGAGCCCGGUGCUAGCCCGGCCAUCACGGGUUCCGAUCAUAUGCCUUCCCCCGUGUCCUCCACCAACGUGCGGACCCAUCAGGAAUCCGUUCCCUUUCCGGUUCCUUCUCCAAAGGUUACCACCGUCGCAUUCGACCUGUGAUGCAUGGGCGCCGUCUGCUUCCGCGGGGAGAGCCUCCUCGACCGCAGUGCCGACGCCAUGGACGGGUGCGAGCACCGCCCUUUUAACGUUUUCUUCCGGGACGCGAGGCUGGCGUUCCGAUGGGACGAGCUCGGGCAGGAGAUCAUGGGGAUCGCGCUGCCUGGCGCGCUCGCGCUCAUGGCAGACCCCGUCGCCUCGCUCGUCGACACAGCCUUCAUUGGCCACAUAGGUCCAGUAGAACUUGCAGCUGUAGGGGUAUCAAUUGCAGUGUUUAAUCAAGUGUCGAGAAUUGCAAUAUUCCCCCUUGUCAGUGUCACAACAUCAUUUGUUGCAGAGGAGGAUGCUACAUCUGUUGGCAGAGAAAAAGUUGAAAUCAAUGGAGAAAAUGAACACAAUGUUUCCGACAGUGAAAUGGUGGAAUUGAUUUCUCCCAAAGAGACCAGUGCAUCUGCCAUCAAGUCAUCUUUUGAAACUUACUCCUCUGAGGUUGAGCAAAAGAGGAAAAAUAUUCCAUCAGUUUCUACAGCGUUAGUACUUGGUGGGGUGCUCGGCCUACUUGAAACUCUACUGCUCGUUUUCUGCGCAAGACCUAUCUUAGGCUACAUGGGUGUAAAGCCGGACUCUGCAAUGUUGAAGCCUGCAUUACAGUACUUGGUACUCAGAUCUCUUGGUGCUCCUGCUGUUCUCUUAUCUCUGGCAAUGCAAGGGGUCUUUCGUGGACUUAAGGAUACAAAGACGCCUCUAUAUGCAACUGUGGCCGGAGAUGCAACCAAUAUAGUUUUGGACCCAAUAUUUAUGUUUGUGUUCCAGUAUGGUGUCAGGGGUGCAGCCAUUGCUCAUGUUAUAUCACAAUACUUCAUUGCAGCUAUACUUUUAUGGAGAUUAAGGCUACAUGUUGAUUUGUUGCCAGCCGACAUGAAACAUCUUCAGUUUGGUCGGUUCCUCAAGAAGGGUUUUCUACUACUAGCAAGAGUUAUUGCUGCAACAUGUUGUGUAACACUAUGUGCAUCAAUGGCUGCACGAUUAGGCGCAACUCCAAUGGCUGCAUUCCAGAUCUGCCUGCAGAUCUGGUUGGCUUCUUCGCUUCUUGCUGAUGGAUUGGCUUUUGCUGGCCAGGCUAUACUUGCAAGUGCAUUUGCACGCAAGGAUUAUUCGAAAACCACUGCCACAGCUUCUCGUGUGUUGCAGCUGGCGUUGGUCUUGGGACUUCUCCUGAGCAUACUUCUUGGCUUUGGCCUCCGCAUAGGAUCUAGGUUAUUUACGGAUGACCAGGGUGUACUGAAUCAUAUCUACAUAGCAAUACCGUUUGUCUGCAUAACUCAACCAAUCAAUGCUUUGGCUUUUGUUUUUGAUGGUAUCAAUUAUGGAGCAUCAGAUUUUGGAUACGCGGCUUAUUCAAUGGUCCUUGUUGCUAUUGUCAGUAUUAUUUGCAUAGUCACUCUUGCAAGUUCUAAAGGUUUUAUCGGAAUUUGGAUAGCUUUGGCGAUCUACAUGAGCCUCCGAAUGUUUGCCGGAUUUUGGAGGAUAGGGACUGCAAGAGGACCAUGGGCUUUUCUUCGUGGAUGAACAUCUAUGCUAUCGCAUGCUAACUAACAGUUUACAGCACCAUAAUCCUACUUCGCAUAGGGUUGGUUAUAUAGGCUUGUAGCGAGCCCCUGUUGCACGUUUGGUGCAAUAAGGGACAUUAAUUCUUGUACACAUUGAUUCUUCAAAAUCCAUGCUGUGCAAGUGAUUCAACUUUAUACUAGGCAGUUAUGCGGGGCAACAAUCCAUUAAUCACUCAUGAGGGCAUUGCACUGUUCAAAUAUUUAUUGGAUUAUCUGUGAUAUAGUGAAAAGGUCCAAUACUAUAAAAGUAUGUUAGGUCAGGUACUUGUAAUCUCAAGGGAUUGUCGCAAAUCAAUAAAUGAUCUUUCUUCAUGCAAAAAUAA